CGCAAGAUGGCUGCCAAUUUAUGUGAACGCAAGGACAUGUAGAAAAGUGAUAUCCGUUUUAGUGAUAUUCCGCUUAUAUUUAUGAUAAUAACUUUUUAAUUAUCUCGUUUUUGUGUUUGUGUUAUAUAAAAGUUUUCGUGCAAUUUGUUAUGAGUUAUCGAUGGUUGUAAAGUCAUUUGUGCAAUAUUGCGUUGGAUGUCUUACAAAAUGUUCUGUGUUGAAUUGUGAUUAUAUAUGCAGUGAUUAUUCUUUUUGGAUCGCUAUGACGCUUGUUGUUGGAUGAUAUCUGUUACAAUAGUGUAGCGGCCAUGGAGAAGGCGAAGGCUUACAUAAAGAGCUCGCUGGGCGCGUCCAAGCCGGCGUCCCCGUCGCUAGAGAAGCCGCCCGCCGCCGCCCCGCCGGCGGACGACGCGCGCGUCUGCUUUGUGUGCGGCGGCGCCGGCUUCCCAGACCACUAUACCGUACGAGUCAAGCCAGACGCCCAGAGCCUCGAGCCGUACUUCCCGUUCCUGGGUGCGCACGCGCCGCCAGCCGGUUACCGGCCCGAGGGCGACGAGGAGGGCACGGUGCGCUGUUGCUGCGUGUGCUACACCUUCCUGCGGCAGCAGUGGGAACAGUACGACAGGGAGAACAAGCCGCACAGCCAACGUUUCUAUUGGAUGAAGAGGCUCGACGGGAAACCGUUUAUUGGCGCCGACAUGACCUUCCAAGGUGAGUACGCGGCACAAGUCCUCGGUCUGCCAGGAGAGACGCCGGCGCCGUGCUCCCCGCGGCCCGGCUCCCGGCCGGCGUCCCGAGCGUUCCCCCUGGACGCGCCCGCGCCCGUUCCACCCGAGCCCUACAGGAAGGAGGAGAAGGAGACCAACCAUGUCACCAAGUUUAACAAUCAGCGGUACGUGAGCGGUGGCGGCGGCGGCGGUGUAGAGGAAGAGGGCGUAUUGGACUUGAGGGCGCGGGAUCCUUCCGUCAUCUCCGUCGGCUCGCAGCAUUCUGGCGCGUCCGAGCCCGCCGGAUAUCUCGACGCAGUCAGAUCGACCGUGUCGGUGUAUUCGGGCAACUCGAACUCGAGCUCGGACCGCGACAUCCUCGACCUGUCGAUGCCGGACAAGAACUCGAUGACGGAGGUGUGCUACGUGUGCGGCGACGAGUACAAGCGCGGCACACUCUCUAACCUGCACACCAAAGAGCCCAAGGACAAAUCGAACAAGCAACCGUACUUCCCGAUCUUCGGCGAGCAGCACCCGCGGCCGCCGCGUUCGCGGCCAAAGGACGCGCAGGGCACCGUGCGCGCGUGCGCCGCCUGCCUCCACCACCUGCUGCAGCAGUGGAACACGUACCAGUCCCGCAACGUGGCGCCAAACGAGCGGGUGUACACUCUCCGUACGCGGCCACCGUCGCUGCUGCCUCCGUCACCUUUGAGCCUGGCGAGUUCUGGCGACAAGUCGCUGGCGGCGCACACGCACUCGCCGUCGCUGGAGCGGCCGGCGAGCCAGCCGCAGCCGCCGCCGUCCACCGCCAGCUUCGUGUGCUACGUGUGCGGAGUCAGCGCGCCCAGCUCGCAGCUCCGGCUCGUCUACUGCUGCUCCAACCCGGAGCGGGAGCCCUACUACCCCUUCAUCACCACGCUGAAGCCCCACCCGGACGCGAGUCCGAUUAGUCCACAGGGUAUGGUUCAAAUUUGCGCGUCGUGUUAUAAGACUAUCCCCCUGAAGUACCCAGCGUACGGGGAGAAUGGCGAACCGAAUCCAGCGCAUAACAAUUCACAUUCAAAUAAUAUUAGGUUUAAGCCGUACGACAUGAAGUCUAGUUCGAGUCAAUCAAGCAAACGGGCGCCGAACACGCUCGCCGGCAGUCCGCAGGGCCAGAUCGUCUCCGGCGAGAAUGGCAUGGGCCUGUAUAGGUGCUACGUGUGCGCGGGCCUGUUCCCGCAGCAGUCGAUGGAGUGGCUGUCGACGACGGCGGAGUACAUGAACUCGCACGCGAUGCACUUCCCGUGCCUGGCGUCGUCGGCAGCCGGCGCUGCCGGUGGCGGCGGGGCCGGCGGGGCCGGCGGGGCCGGCGGCGGCGCGGCGGCGCGCGGCGGCCGCGUGCUGGCGUGCUCGCGCUGCGUGCGCCACCUGGCGCGCCAGUGGGAGCUGCUGGACGCCGAGCGCGUGCCGCUCGAGCACCGCAGAUAUAAUAUACCUUCACCGUUACCGUCGAAUUCAUCGAUGAACGGCGAUCGAGUGAUACCCACCCCACCUUCAACCACCUCCGAUAGAACUGUUGCUAGUAAUAGUGCGUGUACAUCAAUAUACUGUUUCCUGUGCGGGCUGCACUCGGACUUCACGCUGGCGCGGAUACUGUACGGCCAGCCGCAAGGGAACGCGCCCUACUUCCCCUGUCUACUCACGCAUCAGAGUCAUCCAAACGCGGAGCAGUUGCGUGAGAACGGCUCCGCGCUAGUCUGUACGUUUUGUUACCACUCGUUGCUGAGCCAGUGGAGGCGGUACGAGGCGGCGGGUGGCUGUGCGCCCGAGCGGCGCGUGUACAACACGCACGACUACCACUGCCACUUGUGCGGCAUCAAGACCUACCGCAAGAGGGUGCGGGCCUUGCCUAUCAAGGAAUUCCCAUUUUUAAUGCAAAGGCGGACUGAAAAUUCAUUAUUAUUAGAAAAUGGCGACUAUGCCGUAGUAUGUUUAGAUUGUUAUGAAAGUUUAAGGACGCAGGCGCAGGACUACGAGCGGCGCGGCGUGCCGGUGGACAAGCGCGAGUACAACUGGCUGCAGCAGCCGCCGCCGCCCGAGGACAGCGCCGACGUCACCAUCGCGCGCCUGCCCUCCGGCGACCGCUCCGACAAGCUGAUCCCGCAGUCGCUGGUGAUGUCUCGCAGCUCGUCGAAACGCAACAGCCCCAAGCAGCCGGCCGCCGCGCUCGCUGACAGAAGACUGACGCCCGCCAAGGUCGACAAAGCCGAUCAAGGCGUGAGCGCUAACAAAAUAGCCAAACGGACCGAGCUGGCGCCCAACAAGGGCGGUCCGUUCGCCGCCGCGCUGCGCACCCUCGCCAAGAACGCGGGGCCCGACGGCAAGGACGGCACCGCGAGCGGCGCGCCCACCCCCGACCGGGAUAAGGAGAAGCCCCCGCCGGCACCGACGAAACGCGCCUCGCCACACCACCUUCCUGCUAGCGGAUUUCAACCUUAUAGACCUGAUGAUAGACUAUCCCACCCGGCGGCCGCGUCGUUUCCACUGCUGGAGCCGACGUAUGCUGUCGGCUCCCCGUAUGGCCACCCCGGUCUCUACACAAGCGCAGCGCUGCAGUACAGAUUAGCGGCGGAGGAGCAAAUGUACCUGGAGCGUGUAUUCCGCGGCGGUGUCGGGGUGGGCUGGCUGCCGCCGUACGCGCUGUACCCGCCGCUGGCGCCGCCGCUGCCGCUCGUGUCGCACGCGCCGCACCCGCCGCACGCGCCGCACGCGCCGCACGCGCCCCACGCGCCGCACGCGCCGCACGCGCCGCACGCGCCGCACGCGCCGCUGCAGGCGCACCACGCGCAGCACGCGCUGCACGAAGAGCGCGAGAAGGAGAUCGCGCUGCAGCGGGAGCGCGAGCGGGAGCGGGAGAGGGAACGCGAACGGGAAAGAGAGAGAGAGCGCGAGCGCGAGCGGGAGCGCGAACGAGAGCGAGAGCGGGAGCGGGAGCAGCGCGAGAAGGAGCAGCGCGAGCGCGAGCGCGAGCGGCUGCAGCGCGACAAGGACAGCCGCGCGCGCGACGAGCAGCGCGCGUACGCCGCGCUGCAGCACCCGCUGCCGCCGCACCUGCUGCCGCCGCCCGCCUACCCGCUGCCGCGCGCGCUGCAGCCGCCGCCGCUGCUCUACCGGCCCUACCGGCCCUACGCGCCCUACGAGCCGCGCGCGCCCGCCGCGCCGCCCGCCACGCCCGCCGCGCCCGCCGCGCCCGCCGCGCCCGCCGGCGACGCGGCCGCCGCCGACGGCACCGACGAGCCGCGAGCUAGACCGAGCAAACCAGCAUCCCUGACCACACCAAAGACGGAACCAGGAGAGAGACCUCCAUUGCCUCCGCCAGAUCCACCACCUAAAUCUGCAGAGCCAUUCAAACCAAUUGAAGAACCCAACAUAUUCCUUGAAAAACCGUCGUUUGUCUCACCAAAACCAAUAUCCCAUUCACCUAAAAUAUCUCCUUCAUCUAUACCGAAUCCAAGUCCAAGUGUUACGACCAACAAACCAGUGGAACCGGGAUAUUCAAACUAUAAUAAUUACCUAUAUUCAAUCCCUGGUUAUUCAGCUUUCCAACCAGUUUCAUAUCCGGGUAUAGUACAGCCAAAUCAAGCACCACUAUCGCAAACCGAAAAUAUUAAGAAGGAAUUUGUGACAUUUCCCACAAUUUCGACAAAAGAAACGCCGAGUGAAGAGAAAACAAAUGACAAUCAAGUGACAGAAGAUGUAUGUAAUGUUAUCCCUAAAUCUGAGGUUAACAAGUCCCAAACAGAUUUCGAAGAUCAUUUUACUCCUGAAAUAAUACCAGCAGUUUCUAUUACUGACAUUAAAACUCAAACAGCGGAAUGUAAAAUGAGUAUAACCUCUCUUGCUCAAGGUUCUGGUGCAACUGUUACAAUACCCACACAAGUGCCCCACGUUGCACCAGUAAUUAAUAAUGAUAAUAAAAAGAAACCAACAGAAAGAUUCAGUCUGAAAACUAGUAUACCGAUUAGUAAAAUUGACAUGAAGUGUGUUAAUAAUCCACCAGAUGCUGUAUUUCAGAACUCGAUAACAAAAAAGACCAACACUCCAUCGUUUCAAGGUCAGAAACUUGACAAUUCUUCGAGAGUUGAUAUACAAAGCAAUAUUGUAAUAAAAUCUGCUACAAUAGAGAUUGAAAAUAAGCCGGAAAUUAAACCAAUAACGAGCGCACCAAAUAAUAGUAUUAGUACAUUAAUUAAUGCAGCGGAAGCUAUCAACAAAACAGAAACUCAGUUUCGAAAACCUGAACCCAAAGAGGUAAAUGAAAUUAAAGACCCUUCUCCCUCGUUUACCCCUCAAGUUUCUACCGCUGUUACAAGACCAAUGUUUAAUCCUAUAAAUAUUGAAACUAGCAAAUCUAAUUUUUCAAACAAACCACCAGAGGCAACUUAUACUGAACAAAAGAACCAAAUAUUGUUCAUACAAAAUAAAAAUGCCUCCAAUCCAAAGAUGUUAUUGACAAUACAACAACCGAAUCCUCAAGUUUUGCUACAAAGAACAAAUUUCGAUUCAAAAAACAUGCAAGCUCCUUCACGAUUGUCAAGUCAAACAAAAAAAUCUAAAGACGAUAUUGUUAACGAAAAUUCAUCUUCGUCUAAAGUGGUGGCUUUAAAACGGCUGCACCAGGAAAACUGUGACGAAAAUGACUUCGAAAAUUUGAUUACUGAAAAUCAAAUAUAUGGCAACAAGAUAGUCGUGAAGGAGAAAUCGCAAGGUACUCAUCAAGAACAAGAUUUAAAGAAUAAAAUAAAAAUUGACAAAAUACAGACUGAAACUAAAAAUGUAGUUUUACAACCAAAUUUUUUAUACCUGAGUAAUGUUCAAUUCCCUGCUAAUUUAAUGAUGAUAAAAAAUAAUACAAAAGUAAACCAAAGUAACGAUUGUAAUAAAAUUAAUAAAAUUACAUCUAAUGAAAAUAAGACGUUGCAUGAUAUUAGUACAACCACUAAUACUUCUGAAGCAAACUCAAUAACAAAAAACAUAAAAACACAAACUAUCUCGGCAAGUAAAGAAAUACAUGUCUUGAAGUCAAGCAAUAAUGUUUUACAGACUCUGACUAAUAAAAACAACAAGACUGACAUAGUUUUUCAAACAAACCAGAAAGUUAUUAUGAAUCCACAGAUAGUCUAUCAAGUGCCCAUGAUCGUUGAUGCUGAUAGUAAAUUAAAUCAAUCAUUUGUUAAUAGGGACUAUCCAAAGUUUAUAAAUAAUAAUAAAGAAUAUCCCAAGCAAUGUGAUCAAACAAAACAGAAUGAUAAACUAUUUAUAGCCUGCCCUUACCAAAUGGACUCUAAAUUACAACCAAAAAUUGUUAUUACAAAUAUUAGGCACAAAAUUGCCAAAAUUGAGGAAGUUAGUUCUUUGGACAUGUAUGAAAAACGAAGGAGAAUCAGAAGAUUAAAAUAUUUAUCUAACCGGGAUUCAAAAUAUCAAAAACCUGAUAUAAAGAAGGUUCAAGACAAAGUAGAUAAUUUAAAAAAUAUAAUAACACCAGAUAAAAUGAAAGCUGAAAUUUACAAAGAGUUCGCUAAAACUAAAGUUAUUAUCGAUGAUGAUAGUAGUGAUACCGAUAAUGAUUUUGGGGAAGAUGAACUUAAGGAAUAUAAUUCAAUAAUUAAAGAUUACAGUAUACAAAGUGAUGAUCAAACAGGGAAAAUUGAAUUUCUGUCAAAUUUCAGUUUGACUACACAUGAUAUGUUUAAAGACAAGAAACUAGAACUCCAAGAAAAAACUAUUAGUAAGGACGCUGUAGCGUCCGCGUGCAUAGCAGCGGGACGUCUAGAUCGACUAUGUAAUGAAGAUUUACCGGUAGACGUUUCCAAAAAACCAACUGAUGUCUCUAUCGACGUUGAUACCCAAAGCUUAGACAAUAACAUAGUAAAGGAGAGUCCAAUAACUUCAUACAAAAAGCAAAUGUUCUUAAACCAAUUGAAGCUAGUGCAAGUGUCACCACAGUACAAAGAAGGAUACGAAAGAACGUGGCGAGAAAUAUUGAAAGAGAGAAAUAGAAGAAACGGUGUUCAACAGGCAGGAAUGCUAAAAGAAUGUAAAAUAUCAAUAGAACCAUUGGAUUUAGAUCCCAAUUGUCAGCUGCAGUUAUUAACCGAAAUAAAGAAUAGCGUCAAUGAAAAUAACAACCUUAUUAAGAUGAGGUUAGAUUCCUUUUCGAGUAACGGAGACGGUGAAAGUAUAAGAGUACUAGCUGAGAAGAACUUUUCAGAACUCAAUCGUCUAUCAAAAAUGGCCGAUAGAAGCGUUAAAAUUUUCAGCGGGCAAGACACAAGGAAGAGAGAUUUAACUCCCGGUUUUGACAGCGAGAACAUGCAAAAACGUAUUGUAAAUUUACAGCAGACGUUUCAGAAUUAUCCCGCAAUAAAUAUACCGAACAUAUCCAAGAUAAUAUCGUUGAAGUCGACGCCGGAGCAGAGCACUGCGCUGUCGACACAGGCGACGUCGAUGGACGAACCGGAAAGUUCAGCAGCCGGCGUCAUAGAAAUGUUUGUGGAUACCGAUAUUGAGAAAACGCAUAACUUCAGUUGUCAAGUCGACGAUGCAUUCCCGUGGCCUGGUAUAGAUGUCAUCAUGAAGAGCUACAGAGAAUUUGAUGCAGCGAGAAGAAAAGAGAUAGCCGAACUGCACAAACGCAAUACGUCACUGCGAGUGGAAAGCGCGCACAUAACGAGGUCCGCAUCAAGGGACUCCGAGAGGGCGCGCGCGUUGCUCGCUGAACGUCAGAAUUUGGCUGUGGAAGAGAAUAACCUGAGGCUCUCGAUACAGCGGCUGACCGCUGCCGUCGAGAUGAUAAGGAACUGUUGAUUCCCUUUAAUCAUGAGUAAUAUGGAUACCGAUUCGAUAUCUAUAUAUAUUGGGUUUCUCUGGAUAUUGAUGGCGGAUGGUCAUCACCUAUUUCGAUAUCGCCCAUAUAUCGGUCGGCUAUCUAUUUUCGAAUAGAUAUCCGACCUGAGUCCUUAGGAAUGGCAACGCAUGGGGGAUAUCAUGGGCGAAACAGUAUACUCUGUUAUGUCCAUGGUAUUGCUCAUGUCUAUAGGCGACGGUUACCACUUUCCAUCAGGUGGGCCGUCAGCUUGUUUGCCAUUCUAAGUUGUAUAAAAAAAAAUGUUAAAAAUCUGUUUUCCUAUAUUAUUUUUUGAAUAACAGACUUUUAAAAUAUUCGUUUUCGUGC